AUGAUAUGGAUUAUUUUCAAACGCAUACUACACAACACAAUCAUGGGAGUCAAGCGACCUCUAUCCAAGGCUUCUCAGCAUGAGAGCCAGAGUAAAAAGGUGAAAUCCGAGGCCAAGCCCGAAAUCACCUCUCUCGCCGACCUGGAGAGCGAAGACGACGACUCAGAGGACGAUUCCGAAGACGAUUCCGGGGCUGAUGACGACUCAGACGAAGACAAGUUCUCGGACAAGGAGGAGGAGAUCUCGGACAAUGAACACGAGGAGAAACCAGGCCGAGUGUCGAAAAAGAAGGCCAAAUUGCAGCUUUCUGCAGCGGAAAUCAAGGCUGCAAAGGAGGCUGCUGAACUCUUCAAGAGUAACAUCUUCAAGAUGCAGAUUGACGAGCUGCUAAAGGAGCUGGACGUGGAUGAGAAACACACCAAGCGAAUUGGCAAAAUGCUCCAUCGGGUCCAUUCGAUCAUCGCCGAGAUCCCCAAGGCUGGUCCCUUCGAUGUGUCCAGAGCUAGCAAGUGGGCUUCUUCCCAGCAGGUGGAGAUCCCCUGGAACCGACCCAGUGACAAGACUCAGUACAAAUUUGCUUUUGCCAAGCCUUCAGAUGUGAAUGUGGUGGGAUCUUUUGCUCUGGGUAGUGUCAACCGACUGCCUGGAAAGGAGCGUGUGGCUGUGGAUGUUUCCGUCACUAUGCCUCGAGAAUUGUUUCAGGAAAAGGACUUCCUCAACAACCGGUACCUUCACAAAAGGGCCUUUUAUCUGACUGUUCUGGCUGCUGCUCUGAAAAAGGAGCUCGACUGCAGCGUGUCUUACGAGACUCUGGAUGACGAUAUUCGGCCUGUGGUUGUGCUUCGAGGAAUCAACAAAAGCGAUACCGAUUUCGGCCCUAAGUCGCCCUUCUACAUUCGAAUUCUUCCCGUCAUCGAAGAGGAUGUCUUUGACACCAAGAAACUGGCCCCUGGCCGAAAUUGUCUGCGAUCCAAGGACGGAGAAGAACCCCCCACCCCCCUUUACAACUCUGCUAUCCUUGCAGACAUGACCACAACCCGAUACCUCGGCUUCCUGAAGAAGACCGCCAAGAUCGUGCCUGCCUUUGUGGCUGCCUGGCGUCUGGGAAGCCUGUGGCUCAGGCAGAGAGGCUUCUCUGGAGCUGUGGGCCAGGGAGGUUUUGGAGCCAUGGAGUUUGGAAUGCUCAUGGCUGCUCUGCUGAGAUCCAAGCAGCAGCUGCAUGCCGGAUACUCAUCAUACCAGCUGUUUAAGGGAGUGGUACGGUUCCUGGCCAUUGAGGAUCUGACCCGGCAGACCUGGACUUACUCUUCAGCCCUUGAGCUCAGCAACGACGCUCACUUUGAAGACAAUGAUACCAGACUGCCCUGUGUUCUGGACUCUGAUACUGGUCUGAACAUCAUCGCCAAGGUCCAGCCCUGGGCAUAUGAUCUCAUCAAGCACGAGUCUCGAGUUUCCUUUGAUCUCCUGAGCGACACUACGGUGGACCGAUUUGGACUCCUGUUCCUGCGAUACAUUGCCGAGCCCAAGCUGUAUUUCGACGAGGUUGUGCGUGUCCCCGUGACUGAGAUUGAGGGCCAUCCUUUCACUGGAUCCAAAAAAGUGCAGUUCUCGUCAUUUGGCAACUUCUUCGCCAACAAUGUCUACGCUGUUCUGAAACAGGGUCUGGAUGACCGAGUCGCCUGUGUGUCUGUCUCCAUGGAGACUGGCCAGGCCUGGGACAUUGAUGCCAAGUUCGAGACCUCCACCACUGGCGAGGUGUCUGUGGGAUUGCUUUUCACUGCCGACUGCAACAGAACUGUCACUCAUGGACCCGCCAACGACGAUGCCGAGGCCUGUGAAGCUUUCCGAGAUUUCUGGGGCGACAAGGCCGAGCUUCGACGGUUCGCUGACGGCUCUAUUAAGGAGACCACCGUGUGGAACGGUCGAGGACUCGUGACUUCUCAGAUCAUUCGGUUUGUGCUGGAGAACCAUGUGUCUCCCUCGUGUCUGGCUGAUCUGUACCUGUCUUCCGACAACUACCAGACCAUGAUCACGGAGGUGACCGACGCCCAUUCCAAGCUCAUCUCCGAGGCUCUUGUCAAUCUCACUGCUGCCGUCAAUCGAAUCGAGCUGCCUCUGGUGGUCAAGAACAUUCUUCCCGCCUCUUCGGCUCUUCGGUCGACCGAUGUGUCGCCUGCUCUGCCCUUCGAGCUCAACGGCGACUUUUUCUGCGACGCAAUUGUCCAGUUUGAGAGCUCGUCUCGAUGGCCCGAAGAGAUUGAGGCUAUGGAGAAGACCAAGCUGGCCUUUUUGCUGGAUAUGCGAAAGAAGCUGGCAGACCAGGGAUAUCGAGUCAUUGUUGGUUUCAACGACAAGCAAGCGUUUGCUCUUGUUCUGACGCCGGAGGGAUUCGGAUUCAGACUGCACAUUAUCACCGAGACUGACGAACUGCUGGUCAAACAUUUCGUCAAAGAUAACGCCAACGCUGCUCUUCGACACCUCGCCUUCCGACAGUUCAAUGACGCCCCUAACCACACCCGGCUCAUAACCACCAUGACCACCCGAUAUCCUCUGUACGGAGCCACCGUGCGACUGGUAAAGGCCUGGCUGGACGCCCACUUUAUGACUGCCGCCUUCCCCCAGGAGCUGUGGGAGCUCAUUGCUCUGCAGCCCUUCGUGUCUUCGGCACCCUACGUGCCUCCUCAGAGCAUCUCGUGUGCCUUCAACCGAGUCAUUGCGUUCCUGGCGCGUUGGAACUGGAAGGAGAACCCUCUACUGCUCGAUGUGGAGGUGCAUCCCGAUCCUUCCCGAGAACUGGCUGUGCAGGAAAAUCUUUCGGACGUGACUGGAACCACCACCGACUCUGCUGUGCAUGCGCAGAUGACCGCUGCCUUCGCCAAACAUCGUCACCUGGACCCUGCUCUUCGAGUGCCUUUAUUUGUGGCCACCACCCGAACCAAGGUCGAGGACGGAGCUCUGUGGUCUGCUCCCAAGCACGAGGGGGCCGGAAUCAUGCUUUCUGGUCGUCUCACAGCGCUGGCCAAGGCUGCCAAGCAGGUAAUCGAUACCGACGGGCAGUUUGAGUCGCUCUUCAGCACCUCUCUGGCUCCCUACGACUUUACCAUCAAGCUGCGAAAGGACCAGGUGCCCAAGAAGACCUCGAAGUAUAAGAAUCUGCAGGCCAUUGUCAAGGGAACCUUCCCUAAUGACGACGGAGUGGUUGCCAACUCUUGCAACGAGGCGCGUCGGUUCUACGAUGAAAUCUCCAACACCUAUGCUGGAGCCUGUCUCUUCUUCUCGGACGUUCUGGCCAUGGAUUCUGGAGUUAUUGCCGGAAUGUGGCUCCCUGAGGCCAAGGAGCCCCGGAAGUUCCGUGUCAACUUGGAGUACGCCACCGUUCCCGAUGGCUCCAAGGUGACUCUUGACCAGGAGGGUAUUAUUAGCGAGAUCAAGCGAAUCGGAGGAGACUUGAUUAAUAAGGUGGAUGUUAAAUAG